GCGGGCCUUCGGGAUUUGUAAAGUUACAGCUGUUUCGCGAAUGCCCAGUAUUUCUGAAAGUAAUGCGUCUGAAAUCCUCGAGGUUUUCGAAGAAUGCCAACUUAAUAAUUUGUCACAUGAUCGUUUGUGUAUCAAACUGAAAAAUAUUUAUGACAACACGCGAUUUACACAUUUCGCCGAUGAUUUCUUUGAACUUUGUCGUUACAGUUUAGUAUCCAGUGAACGAUCUAUCUAUCGUGAAAGAACAAUUGAUUUUAUUACAAAAUUUGUUUUGUUUUGUGGAAAAUCUGAUGAUAGUAAUCAAGAUACGCUGAAUAAUCGUUUAUUGUUAAAACUUUUCUUAUUUUGUAUUAAAUACAAUGAAUGCCCGAAUCCUGCUGUACGUUUUCGAUGUAUGCAAAUUAUUCACAAACUAUUGGAUGGUAUUGGAGAUAAUGGAAUAAUGCCUGAAGAAUUAUAUAGGACAUUGCAAAAUAUAUUACUUCGUCGUGUUUAUGAUACAAAGGUAACAGUACGAGUUGAAGCAAUUCAAGCACUUUCUCGUAUGCAAGAUCCAACCGAUUCUGAAUGUCCUGUAGUAGAAGCAUUUAUAUGGCUUACACGACAUGAUCCUACGGCUGAGGUUCGUCGUGCAGCAUUAGCAGCAAUGGUUUUGACUACUCGAACAUUACCAAGUUUAGUUGAACGAUGUCGUGAUUUGGCUGAUAAUGUACGUCGUGCUGCUUACAAACUAUUAGCAUCUCGAGGUAUUUUACGACCAUUAUCAAUUGCAAAACGUAUUCGUAUUUUACAAGAUGGAUUAUCUGAUAGAUCGGAAGAAGUUCGUAAAGCAACGAAAGAAUUAGUUUUAGCCUGGUUUAAUGGUACAAAUCGAGAUCCAGUUCUACUGUUACGACGUUUAGAUCCAGAAGGUGAUCCAAGCACAAGUCAAAAAGCAUUAGAUAGUUUAUUUGAAAUGUUAUCAUUAGAUGAUUUAUUAAAUGUUAUUCAUGAAUGGUUACCGAAUUAUUUAAAUUCUGAUCGAACACUUAAAUCCGAUUGUCUUACACCGGAAGCAACAUUUUUCUGGAGAGCUUUAGUGGAAUUUAUUCAUAAGAGACAAAUUAAUGCCAAUGACACUACUACUACUACUACAACAAUAACGAUGAAGUCAUCGACAAUAACACAUCUUGACAAUGAAGAUCACAAUGACGAAAUCAAUCCUUUACAACGGUUAGCUGAUUUAGUUCAACCAUCUGUUAGUGUGUAUGUUGAUUUAGCUAAAAGUGUUGUCGAUAAACUAGUUCAAACUGUUCUUGCUCAAGAGUUUGAUGAAAAAGCAAUUGAACAAGAAUGUGUUGUUGAACAAAUUUUAUCUAUGGCUGAAUCACUUGAUUUAAGUGAUGAAUUCGGUCGUAGACGUUUAGUGUCACUAGUUCAUGAUUGGAUUACUAGUCAGCAGGUUUCGGGUACAUUAGCACCGCAAUUAUUGAAAUUACAUGCGAUUUUGGAGCCAAGUCUGCGACGUCGUAUAAAUAAUGUGAUUGAAAUGAUUAGUGAACUGUGUGAUCCAGUUGAACCACAAAAUUCAUUAAAAAGUAUCAUGUCUAUUCCAUCAGUUGAACAUAAUGAAGAAAAUGGUGGUUGUUCAACAAAAGAAUCAGAUAGUGGUACAACUCAACCACAACCACAACAACCAGCUUUAUCGAAAAAACAAGAAAUCAAUAUUCGUUUAAAAAUUGCUAGUCUUGAAGUGCGUAUGAAUGAACUUAAUGAAGCAUUGCAUGAUUGUGUAAUACGUAAAGAAUUUGAACGUGCCACGGAACUUCGUGAUGCUUGUCAUAAAUUAGAUAUUGAACGUACUGAAUUAUUACAUGAAUUGCAUGGAACAAAUGCAUUAUUAUCAGAUAAACCGUCUCGAUCACCACCAUCAUCGGAUUCUAGUGAACAGAAUAAAAAUGAAUUAAAACACAACAUUGAAAAUGCUGAUGGUAUUCUGAGCAAUGAUCAACAUGAUCACAGAAAUGGUGACAAUCAUGAUGAUGACGGUGACGAUGAUGAUGAUGCUAAUGAUGAAGUGGACAUUGUGGAAGAUGCAACACAAAAUCUGUUUAAACGUUGUUCAUCAUCGGUAUUAUUUAAAGCUAAUCGAAUGGCUGCUCUAUUAAUACAACAAUCACCAACACUAUGGAGUUUACCAGCAUCAUUACGUUCUUUGUUGGAUAGUUUAAUAUUGCCAAGUAUGCAACAUGCUGAUGUUGCUGUACGUAAUCAAGCGAUAUUAGCUUUAGGCCUAUGUUGUACAAUGGAUUUACCAUUGACAUUACAAUAUAUUCAUGUGUUUUAUUCAGCAAUGCGUGUAGAUCAUUUGAUUAUUAGUGAAACAGCCUUAGGAUGUAUUAUUGACUGUCUGUUGAUUUAUGGAUUUCGUCCAUUUCAUGAGGCGAAUAUUAAUCCAAAUAGUCGAUUAGUACCAACCGACACAAUUGUUAUUGAUGAAGACGAUGAUGAUGAUGAAGAUGUUCAUGGUGAUAAUGAGAAAGAGAAUGAACAACAACAAAAUAUCAAAACAUUUAAACAUGAUUAUGUUGUAUUGAUAAGACAAACUUUACAAGAUUCUACUCUAACAACCAAUUUAUCAUCAUUUCAUAAUAAUAAUAAUCAUAAUCAAUCACAUGGUUCAUUAGUUCGACAUGAAGAAAUGUCCAAAACAGCUUAUCGUCUAUUGAAACCAAUUACAUCAUUAUUAGAAAAAGAGUCUGAUGAUGGUCUACGUUCAACUGCUGCUCUGGGUCUUGCUAAACUAUUAAUUUAUGAUCGUAUUGUAUCAAGUCAUAUACUCAGUUUAUUAUUAUUAUUAUGGUUUAAUCCAGUCAGUGAAGAGACUCCACAACUUCGUCGUGGUUUAGCUUAUUUCUUUGCCGAUUAUGCUUGUGCUAAUAACAGUAGUAAUACUAAUAAUACUAAUACUAAUAAUCAAUUCGGUGCGGAUGCCGCCUAUGAACAUCAAUCUGCACUGGCCAAUGCUGUCCUACCGACAUUGACUACAUUGAUUCGUGCACCGGCCUCAUCGCCUUUAUCUGAAGUGGAACCAAAUGAUGUGGCUAGUCUAUUGGCUCGUCUCACUGAUACAACACAUUUGAUGAAAGGUCGAACAGAUGGGAAAAGCUCGGCGACCACAGCGACAACAACUAAUGAGAAUGGCAAUGUGGUUGGCGGUGUUGAUAAUGAUGAGGAUGAUGGAGAUUUGCGUUCCAAUUCAAUGAAAUCCAAGGUGGGGAUGGCAUCAAGUGAACAAGCUGAUGAGAAAAUUAACAAUCCACAUCAUGAUCGAUUAGUAUCGAUAUUGGCUAGUGAAGUAUUAAAAGCACCACAAUCCGCUGAAGCCAAAUUAUAUCUUCGUAUGAUUUUUCAAUUACGACCUUCUACGGAAAAUAUACAAGUUCAUAAAGAAUUAUUAACACUGGUGGAUUCAAUGUCAAAAUUUGCAGAUCGAUCGUUAAAUCUGAUGCUUCAUCGAUUUCGUAAACAAUUAAUUGAAAAAAUGCAACGCCUCGGUAUUGAUUCCACAACAUUGAAUCAAUCCAUCAUUGUCAUUUCAGAAAAUGACAAUAACAACAACAAAAUGACCACAUCUCCAUUUCAUGAUGAUGUCGAGGUUUUCGAUGAUGAUGACAACGAUGCUAAUCGUACAUUGAUCAAAAGUGACGGGAUUCAUCAUCACCAAUCUCACCCUACAUUACUUGGUUCGGCACGUGUUAAUUUUCACUUGGUCAAUUCAUCUGACCACCAUCAUCAUCAUCAUGUCAAUGAAAGAAAUCAAUGCAACGCGACAUUGAUAUUCAAUCAGUCGAAUAGAACUAUCGGUGGUGCUAAUCCUUUAUUAGAUAAAUCAUCACAUCAAAAUCUACUAGAUUUUUCCGAUGAAGAUGAUGAUGAUGACGAUGAGAAGGAGGAGGAGGAUGUGGACGAUGUCGGUGAUGCUGAUUACCGUCCUUCUCUCCCACCGUUGAAACCCAUAUCUAGUGGUAGUCGUAGUAGUAGUAGUAGAACUACUGCUGCUGCUACUAAUCUUUCUAAUAAACAAAACCAAUCAUCAGCAAAAAAGAAGAACACUGGAACAAGAGUUACUCGUCAGCGAAAUAAUCUGACGAACAAAAAUAAUUCACAAAAAUCGACAACAAGUCGUCGCAAAGUUGUCCUUCAUUCGGAUCAUUCGGAUGACGACGAUGAGAAGGAGGAGGAGGAGGAGGAUGACGACGAAGAGAAUUGCAACGUUCGUACUAGAAGUAGAAGUAGAAGUCGUAGUACUACUACUAAUAAUAAUAAUACUAAUAGAGCAACAACCAGUUCACGUAGUCGUAAUGCGAAAAAAUUGAAACAUUCACAAAAACCAUGUUGAACUAUCAAGUGUUUCACAGAAAAAAAUUGAAUUGAAGAGAGAUUU